AUGGUCACCGAAAGCGUAUUGUACGAGCACCCAGAACUCGGGAACCUGAAGGGACAGUCCCUUGGCGACGGGCUCGUGCAAUUCCGCAACAUCCUAUAUGCCACAAUACCGGCUCGCUGGAAGUCUUCAGAGAUCGUUAAUGAUCUACAUGCACAUUACAACAACAAGGGUUUCUACAAUGCCACAGCAUGGGGGCCCAUACCGCCUCAACACCUCGAUUCGAUCGAGUUCGACUUUGGACUAAUUCAGCGGCGUCUUCCACUCGAUCAUCCACUAGUCUGUGACGAAGACAAGUGUUUGAACUUGAACCUGACGCUCCCAUCAGUGGAAGCAAAGAAUUUGCCUGUCGUCGUAUUAGGGGGUUUCUUCGUUGGAUGCAACAGCUGGCCUCAAUACGAUCUAGCAAGUCUUGUUCGUCUAGGCAAAAAGGAUGGCAAGCCGGUUAUAGGAGUCGGUAUCAACUACCGACUGGGAUUGCUAGGCUUCUUGGCAUCCCGGGAGAUGUCUGGCAACGAUGUUGUUGGCAAUUUCGGACUUCAUGAUCAAGCGAACGCAUUGCGAUGGGUACGCUUUGGUGGUGACCCAGAAAAUGUGACACUGUUCGGAGAGUCUGCCGGAGCCAUCUCCAUCUGGAUGCACUUACUUCGAGGAGAGCCGCUCUUUCAGCGUGCCAUGCCUAUGUCAGGAGAUCCCAGGCUUCGACCAGUCCAGUCGAUACAGCAAAACGAACAGGUCUACGCCAGCCUUGCACAGGACAUGGGCGUCAUGAACGUAACGGAGUCAGAGCGCACCCGCCGCCUCAGAAGUAUUCCCUGGCAAAAGCUCAUCUCCUCGCCACUGAACAUGCGCUGUUUCCCUUCCGAGGAUGGUGGAUUCAAGCCAUUGCGCGAAAGCACGAAAGACCAGGAGCAACAGAUAAAAGAGUGUCUCGGUCGGUGUAAGACAAUAGUGAUAGGUGAUUGCGAAUUGGACGCAUCGGCCAUGGCCCAAACUCUUCGCCAGCCAGAAUGGUUCAAGAACUUUAGAUUUUCAUUCGAAGAGUUUUUUACCAGCGACGAAAUAAAGCAAAUCGUUAACGCAUAUGGCCUAGACCAAGAAGGUCCUGUUUCUGACCCUGUUCACAUGGGACUUUUACAGUUUGUUACGGACGUGAGAUUCUAUCUCCCGGUGGUCCUGGCCCAGCAAUUGGUGCCUGCUGAUGCAAGCGUCCAUGUUUACCACUUUCACGAGCCAAAUCCCUUUGACGGGCCGUUCAAGAAUCGCACAGGACAUGUUCUUGAUGUGGCUUAUACCAUGCAGACCUAUCAGCAUCUGCUGCCGGAAGAGGCACGUUUGGUAUCUUUACGCAUGGGACGAUAUCUUCUAGAUCUAGCGCACGGAGCCUUUGACUCUGUAGACAGUGACAAGAAGGAAAAGACAACCAAGGUCUAUGAUGUUGAUCAUAGCGUUCGUACUGUUCCACCAAUGGAGUACGACACCAAAUACCGCCGUGGCGUUGCACCGUUGCUGAAGUCUUUGGGAGACAAGCGCUUGAUGAGAGCUCUUGAGCUGUUUCAGUUCGGCAUACGAUGA